AGGACCGACAGACGUACAGACCUAGGUACAGACGCGCAGCCGGACCUUAAAUACCUCUGAGCGGCUGUACCGGGGACAUUUGACAGCUGAGAGCACCAGGUUUUUUCUUUCACCCUGAUCCUUGAUGGAGCUCCUGCAGCAAUCCCUGCACCACCACCCCCACUACCACCGGGUCUGAAGCUCCGGUCCGACCGGUGUCCUCCCGUUAUUCGCUGCCCGGUUCCGUGCUCUGUGAGCGGGCCGCCGUCUCCUCCGUGACUCUCUGUUCUCAUGCGAUUCUUCAGACUCACAUUCAAGUGUUUCGUGGAUUGUUUUUGAAGGUCGCAGCCAGAUUCUUGGUUCAAUUCUCUUGAUUUUUUUGGGAUUCUGGAGCAUGAUCCACGAUCCGCCUGCACCUCGCUGAGAUUGAUAAUAAUAUUGUAUUAUUACUGGAGAAGGAGCGAGAAUAGAGAUCCUGCGGCGGGACGAGCUGCACCUGCUGGACUGACUCAUCUGUUUCUGACCGGGCUCUGAGGCUCUAAGGCUGCACAAAUAAACAGUAAACGGUUUCCUGACUGGACUUUUGAGCGAUGGAGAAGUCGGCCUCCUCCUGCUCUCUGGUUCUCCUGGAGGAAACCAAGAAGACCCCCCUCUUACAUCCAAACGGUGCCUGUGGUUACCCCCCAGCGGCCUCUAACGGUAGCCUGGUCCCGUUAACGGGGGCGGGGUCCGGUGCUGGAGCAUGUGCCGGGCCGGAGAAGAAAGCGCCCCCUGCUGUGGUGCCUUAUCAAGAGAGAGAAACAUGGACCCGGCAGAUGGACUUCAUGAUGUCCUGCGUGGGAUUCGCUGUCGGACUGGGGAACGUGUGGAGGUUCCCGUACCUGUGCUACAAGAACGGAGGAGGGGUCCUGGAUGAAUGUUUGGAGGUCCUUGUCGAUGUUGCAGAUGUUUCUGAGGAAGUGCCAUAGGGCCUUGAUACAUUUCAAAGAGAUAUUAGAUGUUUUAGCGACAGAUCUGAGGAGCUCCUC